CUACCUAUGUUACGCAAUCUGCGAAUGCGCCUCCGCUACCAACGAACCUCCACCUAGAUUCUCCAUCACUGAAUCAACUCGACAGAGCUGUGGUAGUAGGUAAACGUCAGAACGAAAAAGAUGUUAAGGGAACCUGAAUUAGCCAAAACAAAACAAAACUGAAAACUAUAAGCAAGUGAAUUUAAUUGAACUAAUAUUUCGUUUAAAGCAAAUAAUUAAUUUAUCUAUAAGCGAUUUGUGCAUGUUGCGAGUGAAUUGGUAGGCAGUUAAGUACUUGCAAGGUAAAAUGAAUUGCUACUCUAUAUUCGAAAAAACUAGAUGUAAAACUAAUGUUCGAUCGUAGGAAUCGCAGCUUCAAUCACGGUUGACGGAGAAGGAUAAUCCCAACUCCUCAUUCCUAUGUUGAGUAGUGAUCGCAGAUAAGUACGAUACCUGCUUUCGUACUCCAAGGAAUCACGCGCUACGGUUGCGAAGUACCGUGCAGUACCGCUUUCCGGAAAAUACGGAAAUCAGGGGAAAAUACUAAACGUGAGUAAAGCUGAAAACUGAUAAUGUUUAUCCAAUGAUCCUAAAACGAUGAUAAUGUAAUUGAAAUAAUUGUAUACUGAUAGGGAAAAUUUAACGUACGAGCUACUAAUACACCAGUGAAAACCUACUUGGCGAGUCGUUUAAAUUUUCGGAAGGUCACCUACCGUAUUGUUGCCGAUUACGGGAACAAAUUAAAUUUUCCGUUUAAUUUCCGGAAUGUCAAGCGGAAGCGUAGCGGGUGCCGGAGGACGUCUUUAUAGGAAGAGUGAUUCUCCUGGUGGUGAGGGGGCGAGUUGUGGGACGUGUCACCGUGUUGAUAAUAGUCGAAUGGUGCAAUGUGACGAGUGUGAUGUGUGGUAUCACUACGACUGUGUAAACGUGGACGAUAGCAUCCGAAACCAUGACUGGAGUUGCAACGGAUGUAUGAGGACAUCGCUGGAGAAACAGAAGCGGACUUUAAGUGAACAGUUGGAGCGUUUUGAGCAGCAUCAACGGCAGUGGCAACUUGAGCAACAGAGGCGUCUAGAGCAGAUGGAAGAACGGCAGAUGCUUGAGCAGCGGCAGAACAUCGAAUUGCAGCAGCGGAAGCAGGAGCAGAUCGUCCGAACGCAGCUAGGACAGUUGCAAUUGCAACAGCCAAAUUUGUCGCCUGAAGUAGCAACGACUGAACUCGAAGUACCUUCUAAAUCGCUCGGUGUUAUUCCAAAACAACAUAGACAACCCGUCAGGAUCGCGGAGAAGACCACGUUAGAAGGAUUCACGGAUGAUAAACAACGAAACACUGAGUUGCUUACAAACUCAAUCAGCAACAAUGUGAAGGCACCGGCCAGGGUCGACAAAGCAUCCUCAAGGUCAUCGAAGCGUUCAGCGAAGCUCAAAGAACUGGAAAUUAGGGCCCUGGAAGCUAGGCAAGCGUUAGAGAAAAAGCAGCUUGAAGAACGACUAGCAAUGGAGCGAGAAAUGUUGGAGCUCAGCGAUUCCGAGGCCGAAUCGGUCACAAGUUUGGAGAAGAUCAACGAAUGGCUGGAGAAAACAGAGAACAUAGGGCAGGGAACAGGAAAUUACUUGGACGAUUCACCGCUGCCGGUAUACGACGAAAUACUACGGAAGCCGGCCACGGCAUCGAUCCAACCUGGCCGUUUAAGCAACUGCGCUCCAGGUGGACGUCAACUGCAUGUAGUUCCACAGCAAACUGAUACGAGCCCCGCAACUGGUACGUGCCCAGCUCACGCGAGAUCUGGCGAAAACAUCCCGCGAGUGUCAGCGCACUAUCAGCCCGUGUUCGGUGGAUAUCAAGCACCAAUAGCCGCCACGCCAUCGGCUCCUCUAUAUACCGUAGCAUCGCAGCAACCGAUAAUGUCGACAACUUACCCGGCAGUACAUUAUCCACAUCCUGUCUCGCAGAAUGUAGUCAACUCACAAGCUAUCGGCCAGCCACCGCUUCUAACGUCAACUCCGCGGCAAAAUAUGGCUUCCUAUCAACAUCAAAUGAAUAGCGAUUCCAUUCCGCUUACCAGUAGUCACCUUGCAGCGCGACAAACAGUGAAGGAUCUACCAAAGUUCGGCGGAGACCCAGAGGAUUGGCCACGAUUCAUCGCGGCCUACGAGCGCACCUCGAGGAUGUGCGCGUUUCGGAACGACGAACUGCUGGAUCGGCUGGAACGAAGCCUUCACGACAAGGCACUCAACGCGGUUAAAAGUCUACUGCUCCAUCCCGACAACGUUCCUGUGAUAGUGAACCGACUGAGAACCCUCUUCGGUAAUCCGGAGUCCAUCGUUGAAACAAUGGUUCAGAGGAUUCGAGCGAUGCCUUCACCAAGAAGUGAUAAGAUGGAAUCGAUUGUCGACUUCGGAGUUGCAGUUCAGAACUUGUGCGCAACUAUACAGGUAUGCCAGAUGGACGAACGAUUUUACAACGUUGCACUGAUGCAAGAGCUGGUCGAGAGCCUACCAUCACCGUUGAAGAUAAAAUGGGCAUUCUAUCGGAAGGAGAUAGGAGCUGUCACGCUCCUGCACUUCAACGCCUGGCUUGGCGAGAUGGUUGAAGCGUUAUGCCAAGUGAUUCGACCAGCAGUAUGGGCCAAACCCGAGCACAAGUCGGAUAGGAAAGUUCGGAGAGAGGAUGUCUUCGUUCAUGCACAUUCCUCACAUAUACCGGAACAGGUGGAUCAUCAUAAUUGCCUGGCGUGUGGAAACGAUUGCAGUUCUCUCGACGAUUGUAGCAGUUUUCUCAAUAUGUCCUCUAAGGCUCGAUGGGCGUUGGUGAACGAGAAGAAGAUCUGUCGAAAGUGUCUUAUCAAGCACUUUAAAGCCUGUGAUAGGAAGGUUCCCUGCGGCCUGAACGGGUGUAGUUUUCUGCAUCACCGGUUAUUGCACGAUGACAGCAAACAUAAUAAACCAUCGUCAUCCAUUUCGACUCAGGACACCUCAGUGAACGCGCAUCACAGUUCACAGGGGAGAGUUUUACUGAAAUAUGUUCAAGUCACGGUGUACGGCAGAGGAAAAACGAUCAACACGUACGCGUUCCUUGAUGCAGGGUCGACUUCAACGCUUAUGGAACACAGUUUGUGGGAGGAGUUGAACCUGAGCGGUGAAAAAUCUCCAUUAUGCAUCUCCUGGACUGGUGGACAAGGGCGUUAUGAGAAAGAAUCAGUUGUGUUUUCGGCCGAGAUUUCCGGAGCCAAGACUCCAGGGCAAAUCUUCCAUCUCGCGGAAGUACACACAGUGAGAAGCCUAGACCUGCCGGCACAGACGGUGUCUGUACCAGAUCUAGCAAUGCACUUUCAGCACCUGUCGGGAUUGCCAAUUGAAUCAUAUGCCGCCGUGAAGCCAAGAAUUCUCCUGGGAAUUGACAGUUGCCGCUUGGAGUACCCGCUUGAUUCCAGAGAGGGAUUCGAAAAUCAGCCAACAGCCGUUCUAACCCGGCUAGGCUGGGUAGUCUAUGGUCCGUGUUCAACUUCAGAGCAAACAACGGAGAAAAGAGAUGUUUCAUAUGGGUACCAUAUCUGCCAUUGCGAAGGGCUUCAUUCAGCUGUCAAGAAUUACUUUUCCAUGGAUAGCCUUGGAGUUCAACUUUCCGAGAAGCCGCAAAUGUCGAAGGAUGACGAAAGAGCGAUGGACAUGCUGAGAACCAAUACGAUCUUCCAGGAUGGAAGAUACGAAACCAGCUUGCUAUGGCGCUACGAUGAAAUCCGACUACCGGGGAGUAGAACCAUGGCCCUGAAGCGACACGAUUGUUUGAGCAAGCGCAUGGCUCGUGAACCAAGAUUAGCCAAGGAACUGCAGGAAAAUAUCCAGGAUUAUCAAGACAAAGGCUACAUUCGCAAGCUGUCGGCGCAAGAAGAAGCUACACACACCGGAAGAUCGUGGUAUCUGCCGAUUUUUCCGGUCGUGAACCCGAACAAACCCGGUAAGCUACGUAUCGUUUGGGACGCCGCUGCCAAAGUGGGGAAACUAUCGCUUAAUUCGUUCCUUCUGAAAGGCCCUGAUCAGGUCACACCGCUACACCACGUCCUUCAGCGUUUUCGUGAGUUUCGCACGGCGGUCACAGGAGAUAUUCGCGAAAUGUUUCACCAAGUGCGAAUCAAUUGCGAAGACCAACAUUGCCAGCGGUUCCUGUGGAAUGAUGGUGUCCCCGGCAAGAUCCCUUCGACGUACGUAAUGCAGGUCAUGACAUUUGGUGCGUGUUGCUCUCCGAGUAGUGCACAAUACAUUAAGAACCUGAAUGCAGAACGAUUCAGAAAUCAGCUUCCAAAAGCAGUUGAUGCGAUUUGCAAAGGGACGUACGUCGACGAUAUGCUUUGUAGCGUAGAAACAGAAGCAGAAGCCGUGAAACUCGCGCAAGAUGUUCGUCAAAUACACGCAGAUGGGGGAUUUGAAAUACGAGGGUGGCUGUCGAACUCCAAGAAAGUAGUGGAAUCUAUGGGUGAACAGAUAUCAAACCAAAAGGACUUAAACAAGGAUGGAGAGCUGUCUACCGAAAAGGUCCUGGGCAUGUGGUGGAACACGACUGACGACACAUUCACAUUCAAGAUUCCGAAUCGAUGCCGUCAGGAGCUGUUGUCUGGCAAACAAGUUCCCACAAAACGGGAAGUACUGAAAAUCCUUAUGUCCGUUUACGACCCGCUAGGAUUACUCGCUAACGUGUUGAUGUUUCUGAAGGUUCUACUCCAAAAUAUCUGGCGCUCUAACAUAGGAUGGGACGAGCCAAUAUCGGAUAAUCAUCUAGAAAAGUGGAGAGCAUGGCUUAGUGUGUUGCACAACGUACAUACUGUAUGCGUUCCUCGUUGUUACCGAACUACAACAUCAUCAUCAGUCGAAAGCAACGAACUCCAACUUCAUGUCUUUGUCGAUGCGAGCGAGAACGGAUAUGCAGCAGUAGCCUACUUUCGCUUCGCAGAACGUGGUACGAUUGAGUGUGCCUUCGUUACUGCUAAAACCCGUGUCGCUCCUCUGAAGUACGUCUCAAUUCCUCGCUUGGAACUUCAAGCGGCAGUUAUUGGCACGCGUCUGGCGAAAGAUAUUGCUGAAACUCAUCGGAUCUCAAUCAGCAAACGUUUUUUCUGGACCGACUCUAGAGAUGUUCUGUGCUGGCUACGCUCCGACCACAAAAGGUACAGUAAGUUUGUUGCCGCCAGAACCGGUGAAAUUCUGGAAAAUACCGAACUGUCGGAGUGGUUGUGGCUACCAACGAAGCAAAACGUAGCCGAUGAAGGAACGAAGUGGCAGAAAACUCCCGAACUUUCUCCGUCAUGUCGAUGGUUUAAAGGGCCGGAUUUCCUGUGGCAGCAGUAUUGUGAGUGGCCGGUUCAGCCAACGAGUAACGAGACUACCACUACCGAAAUGAACGCACUUGUUAACACACAUGCAGUCCAUGAUCCCGUAAUGAACUUUUCAAAAUACUCCGACUGGCGGAAGCUCCUGAGAAUCACCUCCUACGUGCUUCGAUUCCUCAGAAACAUUCAAGCCAGAUUGCAGAAGCGUCCACCAGCAAUCGGAAUUCUCAACCAGUCGGAACUGUUCGAGGCAGAGCGCUGUAUAUAUCGGCAAGUUCAGAUUGAAGGCUACGGUGAAGAGAUGCUGAUACUGAAACGUUCCAAGCUAGCAGACGCGAAGUUCAUGGUUCCGGUUCCCAAAAGCAGCUCACUGUACAAGCUUUCACCGUUCCUGGAUGAUCAGGGAGUGCUGCGUUCGAGUGGACGAACUACUGGAUGUAAAUUCAUCGGUGAAGAUGCUGCCCAUAACAUUAUUUUGCCGAAGAAUCAUCCGGUCACGGCACUUGUAGUUAAAUUCAUCCAUGAGCGUUACCACCAUCUGAAUCACGAGACAGUCGUGAACGAACUACGACAACGAUACUGGAUUCCACAGCUGCGAAGAAUCUGUUACAAAGUCCGACAACAAUGCCAAUAUUGCAAGAAUGGCAGAGCCCGACCGCAGCCGCCUGUUAUGGCCGAUCUUCCGCCAGCCCGGCUAGCGGCAUACUCUCGACCGUUCUCUUACGCCGGGAUCGACUUCUUUGGACCAAUGCUAGUGGUAGUAGGAAGGCGAACCGAGAAGAGGUGGGGUGUGCUAAUCACUUGUCUGGUGAUACGCGCCGUCCAUAUCGAAGUUGCUCACUCGCUGAAUACUAGCUCUUGCAUCAUGGCACUGCGUAACUUUAUCGCCAGACGUGGAACUCCUCUGGAGCUGUAUAGUGACAGGGGAACAAAUUUUGUUGGCGCCAACCGAGAACUAAACGAAGCACUUCGAUCUCUGGACAGAAACAAGAUUAUGCAGGAGUUUGUGACUUCAGAUACCAAAUGGUCUUUCCUACCUCCAAGUAGUCCACAUAUGGGAGGAAGCUGGGAGAGAUUGGUUCAGUCGGUGAAAAAGAUUCUGCAGAACAUGCAUCUGCCAAGGACUCCAACUGAUGAAGUUCUACGAAACGGGUUAAUCGAAGUAGAAAACAUCAUCAAUUCACGUCCCCUCACCUACGUCCCUAUCGAUAACUCCGAAAGCGAGGCACUAACGCCUAAUCAUUUCUUGUUAGGCUCCUCUGGAGGCACGAAACCACUAGUGCCUUACGACGAUAGCCCCGCUACGCUGGUUAAUAGUUGGAAAACCUCUCAAAUUUUCGCCAAUAUGUUUUGGAGGCGGUGGCUCCGAGAGUAUCUGCCGUCGAUCACUCGCCGAACCAAAUGGCACUACCCGGUGAAACCAAUUCAGAUUGGAGAUGUGGUGAUAGUUGUCGAUCCCGAUCUACCAAGGAACUCAUGGCCUAAGGGUCGUGUCGUCAACGUCAGCCAGAAAAAUGGACAGGUGCGAAGCGCAACGGUGAGGACCUCGGCAAACAUCUACGAACGACCAGCAGUGAGACUAGCGGUUCUAGACGUCGGCGCAACCGGAAGUACGCAGGAAUCUGGAACCUGUGUACCGGGGGGGACUGUUACGCAAUCUGCGAAUGCGCCUCCGCUACCAACGAACCUCCACCUAGAUUCUCCAUCACUGAAUCAACUCGACAGAGCUGUGGUAGUAGGUAAACGUCAGAACGAAAAAGAUGUUAAGGGAACCUGAAUUAGCCAAAACAAAACAAAACUGAAAACUAUAAGCAAGUGAAUUUAAUUGAACUAAUAUUUCGUUUAAAGCAAAUAAUUAAUUUAUCUAUAAGCGAUUUGUGCAUGUUGCGAGUGAAUUGGUAGGCAGUUAAGUACUUGCAAGGUAAAAUGAAUUGCUACUCUAUAUUCGAAAAAACUAGAUGUAAAACUAAUGUUCGAUCGUAGGAAUCGCAGCUUCAAUCACGGUUGACGGAGAAGGAUAAUCCCAACUCCUCAUUCCUAUGUUGAGUAGUGAUCGCAGAUAAGUACGAUACCUGCUUUCGUACUCCAAGGUAACUUACUUGUAUAAUAAUCAUGCAUAACUAAGCUGUAACAAACAAAUUAAACGUGCAGGAAUCACGCGCUACGGUUGCGAAGUACCGUGCAGUACCGCUUUCCGGAAAAUACGGAAAUCAGGGGAAAAUACUAAACGUGAGUAAAGCUGAAAACUGAUAAUGUUUAUCCAAUGAUCCUAAAACGAUGAUAAUGUAAUUGAAAUAAUUGUAUACUGAUAGGGAAAAUUUAACGUACGAGCUACUAAUACACCAGUGAAAACCUACUUGGCGAGUCGUUUAAAUUUUCGGAAGGUCACCUACCGUAUUG